AUGACCCCUCCAUGUAGCCCAGAAGACUCGCAGCUCAUCGCCGACCUCUACAUGCUAUCCUCGAAAUCGCCCAAACUUGUGCGGUCGUCAGAGUAUGCCGCGCCUUCCGAUCCAGAAGUUACCGUUCGAAGCUGGAAGAUGAAUGAAUUCAAGUAUUAUGACAUUCCUUCUCCUUUCCCGACAUUGGCGAGAGGACUGUUUUCUCUGAAACUUUCCGACAAGAACGAUGGUGUGGAUGGUACUGGAAAGGCCAAACAUCGAAUCGUUGUCAGAGGAUACGAUAAAUUCUUCAAUAUUGGAGAAGUGCCUUGGACAAAUUGGAAAUCCUUGGAAGCUUACACCGGCUCUCCAUAUACACUGACACUCAAAUCUAACGGAUGCAUUAUCUUCAUCGCUGCGCUUACUCCUUCGAAACUGCUUGUGACUUCGAAACACUCGCUUGGUCCCGUAAAAGGUGUUACCGAGUCGCACUCCGAAGCAGGUCACCGAUGGUUGCGACGUCAUCUGGCUGACAAGGGAAAGACAGAAGAGCAGUUCGCUUCCACUUUAUGGGAGAAGAAUUGGACUGCUAUAGCUGAGCUCUGUGACGAUAGUUUCGAGGAACACGUACUUCCGUACUCAUCUGACAAAUCAGGCCUUCAUCUUCAUGGCUUCAACGAAACUACAAAAGCAUUCCGCACAUUGCCAACUACCGCAGUGGACGCAUUUGCAGACGAGUGGGGCUUCAUUAAAACUGCGUCUAUAGAACUCCAGACAAUUCCAGAGGUCAAAGCUUUCACGGACAAGAUUGGCGAAACAGGGAAGUGGAAUGAUGAAGCCCUCGAAGGAUUUGUCGUUCGGACUCACAUUUCCGUGCCCACUCAUGCCAGCGAUCGAAACACUACAUGUCCUCCACCCUAUCCUGCUGGCUCUUCCUUUUUCUUCAAAGUCAAAUUCGAUGAACCCUAUAUGAUGUAUAGAGAUUGGCGCGAAAUCACGAAGAUUCUUUUAAACACAAAAGGUUCUUUGCAAGAUGCAAAGCUUCCAAGGUCAAAAUUGAAAAGGCCCGAGACCAAGGUGUAUAUCAAGUGGGUCAAAGAAGAGAUAUCGAAGAACCGGGGUGCUUUCUCUGAAUAUACGAAGGGCAAGGGUAUCAUUAGCACCAGGGAGAAGUUUCUCAGAUGGCUGGAAGACGACGGAGGCAAAACUGAUCUGAGUGAGAUCAAGGAAUCCGCUGCGAGCGAUAAGGCGUUUGGAAAAACGAUCAUCGUUCCGAUAGCUAUUCCUGGGUGUGGUAAAACAACUGUCGCCGUUGCUCUCGCUCAUCUGUUUAAGUUUGGUCACACGCAAAGUGACGACGUCCAAGCUAAAAAACCUGCGCCUAUUUUUAUCAAGAAUGUUGUUGAACUACUGAAAUUACAUGAUGUGGUUAUAGCUGAUAAAAAUAACCAUCUUGUGCAACAUCGUGAACAGCUUCGUGAAGCUGUCUCCCAUAUGGAUCCGCCCGUAAGGCUACUGGCCCUUAAUUGGGCACUCGACGAGCCCCCGGCCACUAUCCAGCGGAUUUGUGGAGACCGUGUAUUUUCGCGGGGCGACAAUCACCAAUCACUGCGCGCUGACAAGAUCACGAAAUCACACGAAGACGCCAUUUGGCAAUUCCUCAAAGGCUAUGAAGAGCUAUCAGACAACGAGAUGGACGUCACCAUUGAAAUGAACGUGGAGGAAACUCCAGAGCAAGCGAUAAGGAGAGCAGUCGAUGGCUGCGUAGAUAUUUUAGGGCUUGAGCGACCGAGCGAAGAGAAGAUUAGUGAAGCGGCACAACUAGCUAUGGGAUACGUCCCAAGGUCUAAAAAGCCAGAUGAUAAGAAAAAGAAGAAGAAGAGCGACGACGACGAUGCCACUCCACGCUAUUUCGGAUUGCUGGCUGAGGUUGAUCUGGUCCAGUCCAUCGGAGAGAAGCUGCGAGAAGCCGACGAUGUGCCAGAGAGUGGGAAGGCGCUCUGGGAACAAUUGGUCAGCGAUAAAAGAGUGGCAGGGAGGCCACAUGUCACGAUUGUGCACCGAAACACACUUCCGGCUGAGUACGAGCUUUGGGAACGAUGCAGUGCUUUACACCGGACCCCAGCACCUCCUCUCUUCAAGUUUAAUUUGGGACAUCUCGUCUGGAACGAACGUGUGAUGGCAAUCACGGUGGAUGAUCUGGAGGUUGAUACGGAUGCUCUGGGCCACACUGACGAUGGACAGGAGGGACAUGAGUUUGUGUCCAAGUUACCUGAAGAGGUGAGAGGAAGGAUGCACAUUACGGUGGGCACGCGUGAUGCCAAUGUGCUACCUAUUGAGGGUAAGUCAAUCGUAGAGGCGUGGCGGAAGAACAGAGGAGAUGGCGUGGAAUCUAUGGAAUUAGAGGGAAUACAUGCAAAAGGGCGCAUCAAGGGCUUACAAUAUUAACAACAAAACCACAUAAUUUACGCAUUCAACUUAUACCUGUAGCAACUAGGUUACCUGCAAAAUUUCCCAGUUCAAUCAUCGCAAGGAUCGUCUAUCUCACCACUCUUGUUCAGUCACUAGCCCCAAUAACAUUAUCUGUCGUAGUUUUAUACUGUUCCAACCCAGUGUAUUACACAGAGUACAAGUUGACAAUAAUAAGAAAAUUCCAUUAGUUUAAACUGGUAUCUGAUAUCCCCGAAUCAUCGACUGAGCCGAAAAACACUCUUACAAACACUCAACAUAAUUAUAGACCAGCAUCUCUUUCCACGUCACUCGACUCCCUUCCUGAUGGAUGAUGACGAUGAUAUCGGAUGUAUCGCCCCAAUGAUCUAUUCGCCGUAGAUGCGGGCAUAACGCCUUGAGGUCAGCAGCUCUAUCGUCGUUAUUGUAAGGUUCGACAUCUUUCAGAAAUGAUACUC